GACUCUCCUUCCUUACAUAACUAUCGCAUUGACAAGAUGAGAUUCGUCAUAGUGACGUUAAUCAGCUGUUUGCUGUGUUCCACGUACUCCGCCUUGCCGCUGAAGAAAUCAGUGUUUGCUAAAUUUCUGGAUAAUUAUAAGCGCAAUGCUUGUCAUGGAGUUGUGUGUUCAGAGGGAAAGGUGUGUGUUGUAAAACAUAACCACGUGGGAUAUUGCUAUCCCGAAUGGUAUGCAAUUUUGUUAGAUGAAGAAAAUGGAAGACGAGACGAGAUCGAGGAUGCUAGCAAAGCUAGCAAAGAGGACAAGAUUGGGAAAGAGAUAACCAAUAUACUUAACAACCUGGACAUGGAAGAAGUCCUUGAAUUGAAAUCAUUUUCACGGGAACGGACUUCCGAUAAAUAAUUAUUAAUUUGAUAGCAUUAUUUGUCAGUCAUAUGAUGUAACAAUGUAUAAUCGAAUACAUUUCAAAAUUAUCAUUCAUAACUGCAUAUUCACGUAACUUUAUUUGAAUUGAUUACUAACUCAAAAGUGCUUGUUAAUAGUAAGAUUCAGUUAUCACAAUAUUGAAAAAUGUCAUUGUAUUCUAGCUCACUUAUACUGCUAAAUACAUUUAUUAAAAAACCUCAAA